AACAACACAAACUUAACACGAUGACGAACUUGCAAGGCGUCUUUAACAAGAGACAGUAAAAAAAAAAGAGGUGUAUUCAUGGUCGUGGCCAACAAUGCAGGUCGAGAUGGCCUCUCACCUGCCAUGGUCGAGACUGUCGCCGGCCUCUCCGCCGGCACAGUCGCAACGCUCGCCGUGCACCCUUUAGAUAUUGUCAAGACGCGCAUGCAGAUCCAUCGGAGCAAUGCUGCCGCGGCAGCAUCGGCAGCAUCCGCGUCGUCAAAACCAGGCCUCGCACAGCAACCGCCGCCGCUCAGAACCGUGGCGGUGCUCAGGAGCCUGAUGCAGACGGAGAAGCCCAUCGCCGCUCUGUACAGAGGGUUGACGCCCAACCUCGUCGGCAACGCCGCCAGUUGGGCCUCGUUCUUCUUCUUCAAGAAGCGCUGCGAGCAGGCCAUCCUGUCGCUCAAGCAGCAGCAGCCGGCAGCUUCCUCGGACGGGAGCAUUGCAGCUGUCCAUAACGACGACGGCAGCGCCAGGCUCGCGCCCCAAGACUACUUCAUCAGCUCCGCCGCCGCCGGAGCCGCCGUCCAGGUCCUGACCAACCCCGUCUGGGUUCUCAAGACGCGCAUGCUCUCGUCCGACCGCGGUUCCGCCGGCGCGUACCCCAGCAUGUGGGCCGGCGCCGCCCGGGUCUGGCGCGAGGAGGGCCUGCGCGGAUUCUACCGGGGCCUGGGCAUCAGCCUGCUCGGCGUCAGCCACGGCGCCGUCCAGUUCGCCGUGUACGAGCCGGCCAAGAGGCUGUACGUCGCGCGGAGGAGCCGGGGACGCCAUGAUGAUACUGCAGCAGGAGGAAACUCAAUCAUGACCAACGAGGCCACCUUGGUCAUCUCGACGACGGCCAAGCUCUUUGCCGGCGCCGUCACGUACCCCUACCAGGUGCUUCGCAGCAGGCUGCAGAACUACGACGCCGAGAACCGGUUCGGUCGCGGCAUCAUCGGAGUCGCUACCCGGCUGUGGCGGGAAGAGGGCAUCAGGGGCUUCUACCGUGGGUUGGUCCCGGGCGUCGUGCGAGUCUUGCCUGCCACCUGGGUUACUUUCCUUGUUUAUGAGAACACCAAAUACUACCUGCCGAGGUGGACUACAGGCAGCCAAGAAUAAGGGUUUACCUUUGGGGGGGUCUUGGUUUUUUUUUUUGCUUGUUGGCACCCCCUCGCACGUCUCUAUAUCUCUUCCACUCCUAUGUAUUAACACUCUUUGUCUGCUUCUCUAUAUCCCUCUCUCUUCUUUGCCUACUCGCAACACAACAGAGUGGCGCAUCAAACAUGUGGCGUGUCUUUUCACACAGGUUCCGGAGUUCUCGAACCAAAAAUUACACUGGAACACAGCCCCUCUCUCUGGACCCUUAUCCAGCCUUCUAGGGCAUUAUGGGUCUUCUUAGGGCUCUUGGGCCCUCUGGGGAAGCCGAUGCGGUUUACUUGAACCUCAUGGUCUAGAUCGACAGUAGCAACUUGUCCUUUCCAUGGUUGCUAUACCACAUGGUAGCAGAUCGGUGGGGGUUCCGGGGGGUCAAGAAAAAAAAAAAAAAAGAAGGACCGAGAGGCAUCUACCCGUCCCGGAAUAAUUGGACGAAGGGCUGCUCGGCUCAAGAGCGCGUGGCCCCCAUCACAUUAGGAGGGGGGUUUGUAUGAAACAUAGAGCGCAAGCUCGAAUCUUUUACGUCC